AUGGCGGCGCCCGUGCCGUGUACGGAGGACCGGGGCGCAGAGCAAGAUGGCGGCGUACGGAGCAGCGGGGAUGGGACGGGAUGGCGGCAUACGGAGAGGGUGGGGCAAGAUGGAGGCGUACGGAAAGGCGGGACUUACGGCAAGAUGGCAGCGCCGGGGGCGGGCCGGGGCGGGGCGUCGGGAGGCAGCCGAGGGGCCGGGAAGCGGCGCAGGAGGAUGGAGGACGGCGAGAGGCUCCUCCCCAAGGGCUUCCCCAAGCUGAAGAACGACACGUUCCUGCGAGCAGCACGCGGGGAGGAGACGGAGCACACCCCGGUGUGGUGUAUGCGGCAGGCAGGACGCUACCUGCCCGAGUUUCGGGAGACCCGGGCAGCGCAGGAUUUCUUUGCCACUUGCCGGAGCCCCAAGUUGUGCUGUGAGCUGACGCUGCAGCCACUCAGACGAUUCCCCCUGGAUGCUGCCAUCAUCUUCUCUGACAUCUUGGUGGUGCCCCAGGCGCUGGGCAUGGAAGUUGUCAUGGUCCCUGGCAAAGGGCCCACAUUCACAGAGCCCAUAAAGGAGGUGGAAGAUCUGCUGAAACUGCGACAGAAGGUGGAUGUGGCUGCGGAGCUUGGUUAUGUCUUCCAGGCCAUCACGCUGACACGACACAGCCUGGAGGGCAAGGUGCCCCUCAUCGGCUUCUCUGGUGCUCCUUGGACACUCAUGUCGUACAUGAUUGAAGGCGGUGGCUCCACCACAAUGGCCAAGGCCAAGAGCUGGCUCUACCGUCACCCCGAGGCAAGCCACCGACUGCUGCGGCUGCUGGCUGAUGUUGUCACUGACUACCUGGUGGGGCAGGUGGCUGCCGGAGCGCAGGCGCUCCAGGUGUUUGAGUCCCAUGCGGGACACCUGGGCCCAGAGCAGUUUGAGGACUUUGCCCUGCCAUACAUCCGCAACAUCGCCCGGGCUGUCAAGAGCAAGCUGAAGGAGGAGGCACUGCCCCUGGUGCCCAUGAUCAUCUUUGCGAAGGACGCACACUAUGCGCUGCGUGACCUGGCCAACGCCGGCUACGAGGUGGUCGGUCUCGACUGGACCAUCCGGCCGCAGGAAGCUCGCGCAACUGCAGGCACCUGGCUGUCCCCAGCCUCUGCACCACGUACAACUACUCACCUGCUUCCUCCCUGCUGCAGUGCACAGACAGGGAAAGAUGUCACCCUGCAAGGGAACCUGGAUCCCUGUGCUCUCUAUGCACCCAAGGAGAAGAUUGGUGAGCUGGUGAAGAAGAUGUUGGAGGGUUUCGGGACCCAACGCUACAUUGCCAACCUGGGCCAUGGCCUCUACCCCGACAUGAACCCUGAGCACGUGGGUGCUUUCGUGGAGGCCGUGCAUGCUCAUUCCCGCCACAUCAACAAGCACAGCUGAGCCUGGGGACUUGGGGACAGGACUCUGGUUUGGGCACAGUCUCUCCAAGUAGCACAAUGUCACAGGGGCUUGCUCCUGGUUGGACUGCAGCAUUAAACCUGCACCAUCUCCACA